AUGCGGAAGGAGGAUGAAAAUCUAUUAGAAUUAGGGAUACCGGAAAAACGUCAAACAUGUUCAAUAUGUCAGAGACAGUUUGGUAUGAGCGCUUUCGAUAGACAUGUAACAAUUUGUCUAAAAAGUUCAAAUAAAAAACGUUCAACAUUUGAUUCAUCGGAACAACGUGCUGUUCAAGUGGGUGAUAAUGUUAUACCUGUUAAAGUAUUAAUAUCAAAAACAUCUAAGAAAAACUAUGACAGACCAUCACAAACACGUAGUGCAAAACGAAAUCGUUCAUCAAAUCAACUUGAUAAUACAACAACAGUACCACCAGUUAUUAAAGAAUUUUGUGAGUUAUUAGUGAAAAUUUUAACUAUAUCAAUUAAUGUUCACAAUUUUCUCCUAGGUUGUUCAUAUUGUGAUCGAAAUUUCGGUGAAAAAGCCUACGAUCGUCAUUUUGCAUUUUGUCAAUUGAAAGCAAAACAAGUCGUCGAAAAACCAUCACGACGAAUAGUACAAGCAAAAAAAAUGCUCGAUCGUCGUUUGAAUUUUCAUGCGCCAAAAGUGGCAUCAACAAAAAAAUCUAAAACAACAUCAUUAUUGAAUAAUAAUACAUCAUUAAAAUAUUUAGAAGAUCGUCGAACACUAUCAGCAAAAGAUGAAAUAACGAAUUUAGAAAAAUCACACGACAAACAACAACGAUCAAAAUCCAUAACAUCAUUCGUUCGAUUGGAAACAUCUAAAACUGAUAAAGAAAUUAGUAUUGAAAAAGAAAUUAGUCGUCUACAAUAUAUACCUGUUUACAAUGAUCAGGAUUAUUCGCUCGUUUCUCUUAUACGAAAAAAGAAAUCGAAUAUCAUAGAAAAGAAGUUAGAUAGUAAUAAUUUGAAAUUACCACGUUGCCCUUGGUGCAUAAGACCGUAUUUUCCAAAUUCACUACAUUAUUGCCGACAAAAUCAAAUAUCAAAUAUUUAA